UCAAUGACUAUCCGAAACGAAAUUGCAGAGGAAGUCCGCCAUCUCUCCCAGAAAUAUGGCAAGGUUCCGGGACUGGCAGUAGUGAUUGUAGGGAACAGGAAGGACUCUCAGGGCUAUGUGAGCAUGAAGAGAAAGGCUUGUGCUGAGGUUGCCAUUAAAUCCUUGGACAUAGACCUUCCUGAGGAUGUGUCCCAAGACGACCUUAUUGCCGAAGUUCAUGAAUUGAAUGCCAAUCCCGAUGUUCAUGGUAUUCUAGUUCAGCUUCCGUUGCCGAAGCAUAUUAAUGAGGAGAAGGUGUUGAGUGAAAUCAGCAUCGAGAAGGAUGUUGAUGUCUUCCAUCCUCUCAACAUCGGCAAGCUCGCGAUGAAAGGCAGAGAACCUCUGUUCCUUCCUUGCACUCCCAAGGGCUGUCUGGAACUUCUGUCACGGAGUGGCAUAAGCAUAAAGGGAAAGAAGGCAGUGAUGGUGGGCAGAAGUAACAUAGUUGGAUUGCCAGUUUCGUUGCUGCUUUUGAAAGCAGAUGCUACAGUUACUCUAGUCCAUUCUCAUUCUCACGAUCCAGAGAGUAUCAUUCGUGAAGCGGACAUUAUUAUUGCUGCAGCAGGGCAGGCAAUGAUGAUCAAGGGGAGUUGGAUAAAACCAGGUGCUGCAGUCAUUGAUGUCGGCACAAAUGCUAUAGACGACUCAAGCAGAAAAUCAGGCUAUAGAUUGGUCGGAGAUGUCGAUUUCCAGGAAGCAUGUAAGGUUGCUGGAUGGGUAACUCCUGUUCCUGGAGGCGUGGGCCUAAUGACUGUUGCAAUGUUACUCAAGAUCAAGAAUACUGUGGAUGGUGCUAAGCUAAGCGUGUUAUUGCAAAAUAAAAGCUGUUGCUAAUUCCAGCCUAGUGGGCCUAAUUUGGAAUUUUGAUUUUGCAGAUGUACUAGAAGUUUUAUUUUAUUUUUAC